AUGAAUAGGAUCGAUAACGUGUAUGCAGGUGGGUCAAGUUUCACAAAUGAUAUUACACUUAGCGAGGUUAUUAAUUAUGGCAUUCAAUUUGAUAGAGCUGAUAUAUUACUCAAUAGUUUUGAUAUUAAUGAAGAGUGGGAUGAUGAUAAGCAAGAUUACGAAGCAAUGAAAUUGCUUCCAGAAAAAUAUAAGAUCAACUCCCAAUGGAAACUAUUUUUUUAAUAGUGCUUUUUUAAUUGUAUUUGGAAAUGAAAAUUUUAAUAUUUAGUUGCGAUUAGCUGUAAUGGUUAAAUUAAUGAUACAUUCCCAAUUUUAUUUGCAAC